CAGACAUAGGCUAUGAAAAGCUUCAUUUACCAUUUGGUCUCAGUUUAAUGAGGACGCAGAAACUGAUUCAGGUCUCAUCUGUCAAAAGGUUUCAGGCUGAAGCAUGGACAAUGACAACGGUAACCGGACCUCACUGGGGAGCCUCAUAAGCUCCCAUAAAACCAGUCAUGGCUGCUAUGAUGGCGAAACUGGACUCACCUUCUAUGUGGUGACAUUAACCAUCGCUUGCAUCGGCCUUCCUUUGACCAUCAUGGCCAUCAUUGCUCUUUAUUCACUGGUACAAAACGAUCACGUGGUUCCCGUAUACGUCAUCAACCUUCUGGUGACCAACCUCAUUCAUCUCUGCUGCUUAACUGUUCGGGUGGCAGUCAGUGACGGGAGGAUUUGUGAGGUUUUCGUUUACAUUCUUCAAAUUAGUAUGAUGGUCAGCAUCUGCUUCAUGGUGGUAAUCUCCCUGGAAAGGUAUUUGGUCGUCGCCUGGCCACUGUGGUACAGAUUCAGACGAAACAUCAAGACAUCAGUGAUAGUCUGUGUAGUGAUCUGGCUCCUUCCUCUUUCAUACAUUCCCAUCAUUUUCUUUGCUCCUAACUACAUAGAAAAAGUUCUAGCUUCCUUCCUGCUCCUUCCAUUCCCGCUGUUCUGUUUCUUCCUGGCUGGGACAGUUAAAGCCCUGUCUGCUGCCAUCAGCAUCUCUGCAGAUGAAAAACGACGAGUUGUGGCAGUUCUGGUCCUGGUGUUGCUGAUUUACACUCUGCUGUUUCUGCCUCGUAUCAUUUAUUCCCUAGCAAAGAAAUACAGACAUGACCCAACUUUUGAAACUGUGACUAUAAUUCCAGUUUACUUCGGUCCUCUGGCAGAUCUGUUUCUGUAUGUUUUCAUGAGGAAAGGUGUCUGUGAUAGACUUUUAACUGUUCUGUGUUGCUGCAAAAUGGACCAAGACGAUAUGAGCAAAUCAAACAAGAAAGGUGUCACGUGGGGAACAGACAAUCCUGCAUAUGAAAAGGAAGCAGAGAUAAAAGAUGAAGUGUAGUUGAUCAGCUUGAACAAGGGGGAGACAAACUCUCAUUUACUCAAUUCCCAGUUUAGCUGAAUGGCAGUAAAAAAAAAAACAAUAUACUAACAGAUGCCUUCAACUCAUAACAUUAAAGAAAUCUAUUCAGUAGACAAAAUAAAAAAAAUACAAUUCCACUUACUGAAUAGAAUAUUCUGGAUUAUAAACUUCUUGUUCAGAUUUGCUAUAUGUGCUGAAUAAUAUGAUACUGCAAAUAAAUAUUUAUUAUAAGUGCAAAAAAGUAAAACAGUCAUCUUUCAAGUUUGUUUGUGGGCCCCUUUUACGUCUCUACCAAUAUCUAGAUCAAACCUACACGUUUGCAUAUACCUGAACUACCAAUUUUAUGUGCACUGUAACAUGCACACACACUCAUUACAGUAUUGUGUUGAAUUAUUAGACAAUAGGAUUAUUUGAUUAUUAUCACAUCUGCAUCAGGCUCCACCACAGACACACCCACAUCAACUGAGCGUCACCGCAGUCUCUCUCUGUAAUACUGAAUGAUGAAGGACACCUGUGAUCAAUCAGCCGCCUGGUUUCUUAAACCUCAGCUUCUUCCCCAAUUCUCGUCGUACCUCAUUACUAGCUAACUGGACUUCCCUCCUUCCCUGAACCCGGUCUUGACUCCCUGGAUCUCUGACAAUCACGGACUCCGAUUUCUCCUAACUCCAGGUUCUAAGUGUGUUUACUUGUGAAUCCACAUAUUAAACUCUGUUUAACGUCCUUCCUGUCUCCGUGCGAUCUCUUUUGUAACAAUUAUGAAGAAAUAAAUCAUUUAUGUGCC